AGUGAAGUACUUUUUUAUAGUUAGGUACCAAAGUAGUUUUAGGUUAGUAUUUUGCUGCGAUAAAAUUCAUAUUGCUUUAUAGUAUAAAUUAAAUUAUUCCAAUGAUGGAUAAUGUUAUGGAACGGGUGCCCGAAAACGGUUCACACUUAGAAAGCCAUGGCGAAACUAGCAUGGAUAGUACACAUGACUCGCAUGACAAGUUUGCAAAACACAAGAAAACACGAAAACGAGGAAUUAUAUUUUUGUCAACAAUACCACCGUAUAUGAAUGUUGCAAAAAUCCGCGAGAUUUUUAGCGAAUUUGGUGAAGUAGGUCGUGUUUAUUUACAAUCCAGUGCAAAACCUGGCGAAAAACGUAAGCGUGUCCCAAACCAGUUUACUGAAGGCUGGGUUGAAUUUCAAAAAAAGAAGGUUGCUAAAGCUGUUGCAGCCAAUCUUAAUAAUACCAAAAUAGGCACACGAAAAAGGUCUCGCUAUUAUGAUAUGAUAUGGAACAUAAAAUACAUACCUAGAUUUAAAUGGAUUCAUUUGAGUGAAAGAUUGGCUUAUGAGAAGGCUGCAAUGAAACAAAGAUUGAGAGCAGAGAUAUCACAAGCAAAGAGGGAAGCACAUUACCUACAAACUAAUGUUGAAAAGAGCAAGAAAUUAAAAAAGAAAAAAGUUGUGCUAAGUAAUACAUAGGAAUAAAUAACUCUUUAAAUAUAUAAA